AUGCCAAGCGAUGAGCCAAUUUCAGAUGACAAUGACGUGUCUUCCUUAAUGCACGUGUGUGACAAUUGGCCAGUUCGGACACCGAGGUCCCGUGGCAUCAACCUACCAGAGCAAGCCCACGAAAGCACUCCUUUCCAAUUUCAUGCAGAUGCACCAGCAUUCGUUCCAGGUAUCCCAUGGGACUUGAACGCACAUGAUGAGUUCAUCCAAGACCUCUUCGAGGCCUGGAACCAGAUCGCCACUGCGUGGGAGGGUGAAGAACGCUCUUGUUCAGUCUUGGUCUGGUUUGUUGAUCAUCAAGGGCCACACCCGCAUGGCCAUGUGCCACGACGCGUCAACUUACAGCAAGAUUUGUAUGAUUGGCGACGACAAUUGUGGCAAGUUUGGCACGACCAAGUGAUCUUAGGUCAAGAGCUCGAGUUCCAACUUGUCACACCAAUGCCCUACACAGUUGACAGAACAAUCGCUGCCCAUGUUAUCAUCAUUCAGAGACCCAUUGACACGUGGGUAUCGAGCAUAGUUACACUGUUUGAUGAACGAGCACUGCAAUCGGUCGCUUAUCAAAUGGCCAUCACAACGCAUGAGCACAUUCUGGUCGACCAUCUCACGAGAGUCUUGGGCAUUGAGGAAGCAUGUUUUGGCAAUGUGCCAGCAGUAUCCUGCCUUGCUUGGUACAAGGAUUUGAGCAUGCGCCCGGGAGCACCCAUCCCCGGCCGCAGCGGUAUGAGCAUUGAUGUGCUAAUGAGGCAUCUGCCUGUACAGACCUAUCAUGUCCCCACUGACACUGAAGCUCAAAGCUUGCUCUCCAUCUCGAGGCCACAUGACCAUCGCUUGAGUGACCAACCCAGCCACGGGUCGCCCGAUCAGCGUAAUGAGACAGGACCCGUUUUGCUGCAACUGCACAGCCUGCUGGAUACGUCCGAGCAAAUGACAGAGAGUCUCAGUGAUGGCAUUGCCCCAGACACACCCAUUCGACUCAUAGGAUUGGGAGAUCUGCGUGAACAAGUCCCUUCCUAUGUGACAAUCCGGAGUCCUCCUUCGAUUGAGGGGUUGCAUCGAGAACUGGUUUGCUUUGGACACUCAUGUCAGCUUGCACUCGCAGCCAACUCCACAGUAGCCAUCUGCAUUCCUGUGACAUGGCCAUUUGAUGAAGACAAAUUGUUGCUGCUUUUCACAGACAUAAUGCAGACAUUCCCUGACGACCGAUCGGCCUUCUUGACCUUGACUGACCAGAAAGACACGACAGAGGUCCAGCUCAUGGCUUUGCUCCAUCAAUUUGGAUAUGAGAAAGCGGUCAUUCAAGGACGUAGGUACGUUCACUCUUCCUUUGUGGAAGUCCUUUUUCAGCAGGCAGACAGCAUUCCAGCGCAAGCAUCAGGCAUAGACAAGCAGCAGAGACCUUGGCCGGAAGGUCCAAGAGGAGAUCGUUCCAAGCACAGACCCAUGUGGGAAGGUCAGACCUCCAUGACGCUGCCGUCUUGCCUCUUGGACCUCGGGUUGCAUGAGACUGAUUUGCAAGGGUUCUUUCAUUGUGAGAACGAUUAUUUAUGCCGUAUCACGGAGGGACUGACACUGCCUGAAGUGACCCGGGAAGCCAUCUCUGGUCUGCAUCAGCACACAGUGUUUGAUAGAAUCAUCGUCUAUGUUGAUGGAUCGUCCCAAUCACGUCACAAACACAUUGCCCCAGCCAAGAAUGAAGAAAUUGAUGUACCGGACGCUUGGAGCUUUGUAGUGCUAGGGGAAACUGCUCUGGACCAUGGCCAGUUUGAGUACACCCUUCUGGGUUGGCAUGCGCACCAAGUCAGGUACAGCGAUGACCAUCCAUGGUUUUUAGGGGCCACUCAUGUGGGAUCAGCCAUUGCCGAGAGGGAAGCGCUCACUUGGGCCUUCCUUUGGAGAAUAGGCUUUGACAGCUGUCUGCCGACAGUGUUCCGUAGCGACUCUCUCCUUGCCAUAGGCCAAGCGGAUGGCUCAAUAGGUCAGGGUUUUGAUAUCCGAGCACCCAUGCCUCCGCAUGUUGAACCGCCUGCUGCCAGUGAACCCCCGGAACCCAAGAUUGUCAAGAGCGUGAGUUAUAAACUCAGCAUUGCCACUGCGAACGUCCAAUCCUUGGGAGCGGCUGACCAAGGUUUUGCAGGCAAGCUGGAUUAUCUACGCGCGCAAUUCACAGCGCAGAACUUGAACAUCAUGGGAGUACAAGAAUCACGUUCCUCAGAAGGAGUUUCGAAAAAGCAAGGAGUGUUGAGGUUGUGCUCAGGGCAGGCGCACGGCAAAUGGGGAGUCGAAUUGUGGGUAAAUCUUCAACAGCCCUUUGCUCACAUCAAAAAGACUGCACUGCUUUUCAGACCCCAAGACUUUCAUGUGGCACAUCGAGAUCCGCGCCGCCUGUUAGUACACAUCCAUAAUGCUCAUUUCUCCUCCUGGUGCCUGGUGGCGCAUGCACCGCAGAGCGGCAUUGCCAUGCGGGAACGCCAAGCUUGGUGGGAAGAAACGACAGGUAUCUUGCAUAAAUACCUUAUCGCAGCAGAACCUUUGUUUGUUUGUAUCGAUGCUAAUGCAGCGCCAGGUGUUCCAGACGGAAUUGGAGUUUUCAAGGAGGGAUUCCGCCAUUCGAGCGGGACUUCUUUUCUACGAGAAUUUCUGGAAGACUUUCAAUUAUGCCUCCCCAUCACCAGUGAUAUCCAUCAAGGCACCGUCACCACCUGGACAUCGCCUGAUGAUGAAGAAUACACAAUUGACUAUGUCGCCGUCCCUAGAGACUGGCUGGCAGCAUGUACUCAAUCGUGUGUCCUCACUGACUUUGAUUUGGCAAAUGUCAAUCUGGACCAUUCUGCAGUUGCGGUCGACAUCCAGUGGACACACAGUGUCCCAGUAAAGAUCCACACCCAAGAUGCUGGAUAUGCCAUGGACCGCACCAGAAUUGGAAAAGACAUUGCAAGUCAUUUGGGUCGAGCUAUCAAUUGUGAUUGGAAUGAUGAUGUAGAGACCCAAGCCCAAAAGAUCGCUGCACAUUUCCAUUCACGCGAUGUGCAACAUAGCCGAUCACAGAAGCUUCAAGAAGUGCUGCAGCAAAUUGAACCUUCCACUCCAGCAUCAAAAAUUCAACAAAUGCUGAAGCCCUUCAAAGGACCCAGCAAUAAAUUCAGGCAGGUUCUGGCCCCACUUCCUCUGAUCAAGGAUGCCAAAGGAGAGUUUUGCCGUACAGCUGAAGAUGCACUCCAGCGUUGGAUCACUUUCUUUGGAGAUAUGGAGGGCGGACAGCGAUGCGAGAACAAGGAUCAAUGGACCCAAUGGAGAGACAACCUAGUGUCCUUCAUGCAAGAGGAGGUCAUGAUCCCUGUGGAAGAGGUGCCGUCGCUUUGCGAUCUGGAAUUUGCUUGCCGGGCAUCAGCAGCAGGAAAAGUCAUGCACAAGGCAGUACGUACAAAACAAUUGGAUCUCUACCAGUGCUUCCUGCACAGUCAACAGCUGGGAGGACGACGUGGCGUUCCUGUCACACUGGGCGGCCAUCAAGUCCGUGCCUUUCAAAGACUCUGCGCACGACAAGGUCGACCUUCAGCACUCUUGUUCAUUGAUUUGCAAGAAGCAUUCUAUCGGGUGCUUCGUCCCUUGGUUGUUGACGGCCCCAUUGAUGAUGCUUCCAUUGCGGCAAUGGCGGCACGCAUUGACUUGGAUGAGGGGUUUCUGCAUGACCUGCGUCGAGCACUGCAGCAGCCGUGCGCGCUCGCAGAAGCUGGAGUUCCGAGCGAUUCGUUCGCUGAUGUCAUUUUUGGAUUUCUCAUGGCAAAAGUGCUACAGAAAUUCCAACAUGCAAUGGAUGCACAAGGCCUUUUGAUGCAGCUCCCGGAGGAGGAUACCAUGCGAUUUGCAGGAGAUCCGCCUCCAGGCUCCCUUUCUUUUGUCGGACCUUGUUGGAUGGAUGACCUCUGCAUCUGUCUGACAGCGGACAACAAUGCCGAACUACAUUCGGCCUUAGGAACUGCAACAGGUCUGAUUUUAGACAUAUUCAAGAGCUAUGCCAUGACGCCGAAUCUACAGCCUGGAAAGACCGCUGUGCUGAUCACACCCAGAGGCCCGGGCACAGUCCAAUGGAAGCGCAACUUGUUUGGUCCACUUGCAGAUGGACGUUUGUUCAUUCUGGAGGAGCACCAUCCAUAUCAAGUCCCCAUUGUGACAGAGUACACCCACCUGGGAGGAAAGGUACAUUUCUCCACCAAGUUGAAGAAAGAGAUCAAAGCACGGUUGGGGCAGGCCCAUCAAGAAUUUAAUCGUCAUCGCAAACUGCUUUAUCACAACCCACAUUUUCAGAUGGAGAAGAAGAAGGAGCUCUUCCAAAGCUUGAUCCUGAGCCGCUUGCUCUAUGGGUCUGAGACCUGGACGUUCCCAGAUCAGAAGACGAGGGAAUACCUACAUGGAAGUAUCAUCGGUCUCAUGAAACGACUCUUGCAUCGCCCAGGACAUUGUCCGGUAUCGGAUGAAGAAGUUUUGGUGCAAACUCGCAUGCCAUCACCGUCCACCCUGUUGCGCAUUCGCAGGCUUCGGUAUUUAGGCUCCCUUUUUGCAGUGGAGGCCACAGCAUGCUGGGGACUUCUCAACCAAGACCAGGCAUGGCUCGAACUGGUGCAGGACGAUUUUCGCUGGCUUUGGCAUCAACUCCAUCACAGCUGCAAUCUCGGUGAUCCAAGCAUACACCUACCGAGGUGGCUGGAGAUCAUCCAAUACCAUAGAGGUUAUUGGAAAAGACUCCUUCGUCGAGCCACGGAACACUCGAUCGGUGUACAGGAGAGAGAAUUCCGCAUUGCAACCGCUCAUGUGGGUUUCAUGGACAGCCUGAAGAAGGGAGGCUUUGUGGAAGAAGAUGAACCUAUCCCAUGGCAAGCACGCACCAGCCAGCAAGCCUAUGGCUGUAUGCAGUGCCGCAAAGCCUGCCGAUCCCUUGGAGGAGAAGGUGCGCAUAUGCACAGAGUUCAUGGAGAAGUGCAUCCAGUUCGAAGGUUCAUGGGCAGUACUCAGUGUGGCGUGUGCCUGAGAGAAUACCAUACUAUGGGCAAGCUGAAGAUGCACCUUUUGCGAUCGGAUGCGUGCAGAACUUCCCUGAUUGGAAGGGGACACUGCGAACCAGUUCAACCAGGACUGGGCUCGCAGGAAGACACCGCACGUCUGUUGCAAUGGGACAACCGCAUUCCUCCAAUGCCGGCAGCUGGGCCACAACUUCCUGAAGUACAAGGGCGCGACUUUGAUGCCGAACAUCAUGCGCUCUAUGAGUCUGUGACCUUGGGCAUCCUGGAGGUGGACACGGCCUCUUAUGAGGAGCACGUGAGAGCCAGCGUUCAACAAUUUCCUAUCUCUUGGACCAAAUGCAAACAGACCCUCUUGGAAGUCUUGCGGCAACUCUCUGAGGGAUCUCUGGAUGUUGAUGCUACGCAUUUACAGACUUGCACGGAGGUAUUGAGAAGCCUAGUCCGAGAAGAAGCCUGGCCCUUUCUGGACAAGCUUCAGUGCGCCACACCGGCGGCCAUUCCAAACCUGGACCAGAUCGACCAGAAGAUCCGUGCAGCCCAUGUCUUGGAAGGAGCGCAGCGAUUGGAAAAAACAAGGAUGGCCAAUGGGCUACAUCCAGUUUAA